AUGGCUGUGCAAUCCAAGUCUGCCCCGCUACCUUCAUGGGGUUUGGCUCUUGCUGGAUCUACUGGCGCUGUCAUCGCAAACACAUUAGUUUACCCUCUGGAUAUAGUAAAGACCCGACUUCAAGUGCAGGUGAAACAUAAAGAAGGCGUCAUCGAACACUCCGAGCCGCAUUACACGUCAACCUGGGACGCAUUCACCAAGAUCGUGGCUGAGGACGGCCUCCCGGGGCUGUACGCUGGUAUACAUGGGUCACUACUGGGCGUAGCAUCGACAAACUUUGCGUAUUUCUACUGGUACUCAACAGUGCGGACGCUGUAUUUCAAGUCGCAGAAAAUUUCCACGCCACCUUCUACUUUGGUAGAACUGUCACUUGGUGCUAUAGCUGGAGCGCUGGCGCAGGCAUGCACGAUCCCGGUUGCGGUGAUAACGACGCGACAACAAACACAAAGCAAGCAUGAGAGGAAAGGCUUCUUGGAGACAGGACGUGAGGUUAUUGCUAGCGAAGAUGGGUGGCCCGGACUCUGGAGAGGCUUGAAGGCAAGCUUGGUGCUUGUGGUGAACCCUUCGAUUACAUAUGGUGCAUAUGAAAGGUUGAAGACGCGCAUGUACCCAGGAAAGGCGCGAUUGACCGCGGGAGAGGCCUUCUUGCUUGGUGCCAUGUCAAAGGCAUUGGCGACAAUCGUAACUCAACCAUUGAUUGUGGCUAAAGUCGGAUUACAGUCGAAACCUCCGCCAAUUAGGCAAGGAAAGCCUUUCAAGGGAUUCGUGGAGGUGAUGCAGUUCAUUAUCAAACAUGAGGGAGCUCUCAGUCUCUUCAAGGGCAUUGGCCCACAAAUCCUCAAAGGUCUCCUGGUACAAGGCAUACUUAUGAUGUCGAAGGAACGCAUGGAACUGCUGUUCAUCCUGCUCUUCCGUUACUUGAGACAAGCUCGGGCAAAGCAGCUGGUCGCAGCUGCGGAACUGGCGGCGAAAGCGAAAGCUGCAGUGCCACUCACAGUUAAAUAG